GCUGAAUUACACACGCCGUAAUAAUCAUAUCCAACGCUUAUUCCCCGCCUCCGUUUCUCCUUCACCUAUUCUCACUCGCUACUCUCAUACUUCCACACACACUUAUAACCCCUUCCAAAAUCCAAAUCAACAGCUUCAUGUCAUAACAACCUUCUCCUUUCUCUUCAUUUCUGAAACAAAUCGCCAAUUGCAUCCUACUCGAUUUGUUGGCCAUUUCUAGUUCGUUAACUUCACAUCGUUGAACCACAGUAAUAAUUUGAUGACAAAAUGUAUCUUGAAGUUGAACCACAGUAAUAAUGGCGACAACUACAAUAGCAUCUAUGGGGACAAGUACUUGUGGCUCAAUGGAAUUGGCUGCAUCUUCAUUUACUCCCAAGUAUUUGAGUUCUAAGUUGCAGCAUAAAGAGCCUCAUUGGUUUGGAUUUUCAUGGAACAAAAUACGUAAUUUAAAUGCUUCAAGCCGCUCAUUAAGGAUGAUUUCAAAUGGGUAUUCUGGGAGAGGUGUUUACAGGGUGAAAAAGGAUAAAGAUGAUGAUAAGAUAUAUAGGAGGCUUGAUUCUUGUUUAGUUAUUCCUCCACCAAAAGGAAAGAAGCCUAAAGCAAUCAUUAAAUUUCUUGGUGGUGCUUUUAUUGGAGCAGUUCCUGAAGUUACCUAUAGCUAUCUUUUAGGGCUAUUGGCAAAUGAAGGUUAUCUUAUUAUAUCUGUGCCAUAUAAUGUGACUUUUGAUCACUCAAAAGCUGCUACAGAAGUUUAUGACAAGUUUCAUUUGUGUUUGGAUUCGAUUUUAACAUCUGGAUUGCCUAAUGAUGACGUGUCAUCAGCUCAACUUGUUGAUCUUCCUCUUUAUUCUGUUGGUCAUAGCAAUGGAGCCCUACUCCAAGUACUCUCUGGAAGCUAUUUCUCUGAGAGGAUACCAAAGGCUAAUGCCAUAAUAUCAUACAACAACAGGCCAGCAACAGAGGCAGUACCUUACUUCGAGCAGUUGGGCCCUCUGGUAAGCCAAUUGAUGCCUGUUGUGGAAGCAUCCCCUGUAUCUUCCAUGGCUAAGGGCGCUGCAGAUGCGUGGAGAGUGUUCCUUGAUACGGCGGAAUCAAUGGCUCCUGAUUAUGAUCCGGAAGCUAGGGUUUCAUUAAACAAAUUUGUUGAUCAAUUGCCAUCGGUUUUUAAUCAGGUUGCUCAAGGAAUCUCAGAAUUCAAGCCAACACCUAAUGAGAAUCGCGAGUGUUGCAAAAACUCUUAUAAUAUCCGGAAAACACUCCUCGUAAAGUUCAAUUCUGAUGCGAUUGAUGAGACUGAUCUUCUUGAGGAGACUUUGAGGCCUCGUGUGGAAGCUAUUGGUGGAACACUGGAUAAAAUCUCAUUAAGUGGUAACCAUAUCACACCAUGCAUCCAGGAACCAAAAUUGCAAGUAGGUGAUGUAUAUACUCCAGCAGACGCAAUUGCACAAGUGCUCAAGACUCUUUCACUAAACGAGACCAAAGUUCUUGCUACAACCAUCUCAGAUUGGUUCUCACGCAUCGAUGAAUAAUUUGAAAUUCACUAUAUUAAAUUGUAUAUAUUACUAAAGAAAUAUUAUACCUUUUUGGGUGGGAUAAAAAAGUAUAAUUUUUUUUUU